GAGACAGACACAAUGAUUUACACACAUCGAAGGCAGUUUGCCUCUGGGCUCCUUUGUUCAAGUCCCGGGUGGACACUGGGGUUUCAUGGUGACAGGGACCGAACCUGGCAGCAGGACCAUGUGGCUGCUCCCACCUCUGCUCCUUCUCGUUGUCCCAGGCUGUGUCUCCUCUAUCUCUGGUCCGAGGUCAGUGAGCGGUUCAGAAAGGGACUCGGUGACCAUUUGGUGUCACUAUGACCCAGGGUAUGAAUCCUACAAGAAGUGGUGGUGCCUCGGAGAGGCCUGGAGUUCCUGCGAAAUCCUGCUUGAGACCAGCGGGUCGGAGCAAAGGGUGCAGGGCGACCGCGUGGCCAUCAAGGACGACCACUCUGCACGUGCGUUCGCCGUGACGGUAGAGAAGCUCCGGAGAAGAGACGAGGGCUUCUACUGGUGCGGCAUCGAGAGGUCCGGGACAGACCUGGGUCACCAAGUUCGCGUGCUCGUUGGCCCAGCUAAACCUGUGACAACGUACCCGGCUGCCCCUGAGACGACGUACCCGGCUGCACCUGAGACCACGCCCGCACUGGCCAGUCUGGCCCCCUCGCCUCCAGUAACCCAGAUCGGCAACAGCAGUGUGGCUCUGACCGGUUCACUCAUCAGGUUCGUGCUGUGCAACAUCCACCUGGUGCUCCUGACCUCCGUAAAGGUGCCCCUGCUUGUGAGUCUGCUGCUGAGCCUGCUGUGGCUGAGCAGACAGCAGGGAGACUCCCAGGGGAAAUAGUCAGUCUGAGCAGAACUGCAGCUCCCACGCCAUCGACACCUCGCAUCGGGCUGCAGAACCUCCUGACCUCUUACCAGGGCACGGGCAGUGACUGCAGAGUCAGCGAAGACGAGGGUCCCGGCUGCAGUAAGGACUCCCCCGUCCCAGACUCGGGAACGCAGUCGGCUCCCUCCCCGCUCGGCACAGCUCCGAACCCUGGUCUCCACCGGAGGAGCAGAGAAAGGAAAAGAGGUGGUGGUUUCCUCUUGCACAGGCCUCGGAGCACCUGCCGUCUUCUCUGUGCGGGUCCUCUUGCUGCCUCUUUCCAGGGCCUCUGACCAAGAUUCCGGACCGUGACACUGUCUAGGGCUCCAGCUAAUGGUGGAGUCAAGAUUCCAGACCAACCAAUAAGCACAAAAGCUGAAUUAAACCCAGAAACUUCAGAGUGUGUCUGCAAGGUCAAAGACCCCCUCCCGCCCGAGGCAGGUGCACCAAGGUCUGCUGAUUCCCCUUCUGUCACGUCACUGCCUCCUGGAGAAACACCUGAACGCAGCCGCUCACAGCAGGGCUGGCCCAUCGCCCAGCUCAGCUCCCAUACGUCCGCGCUGUGUGCUUCGUCUGAAAUCCACAGAGUUCCCGGCUCUGAGACCGCCUUGCUCGCCGCGCUGUCUCCGGACACGCCAGAGGGGGACAGGGACUCUGAACCAAGCACCAGGUCAGAUCGACCUCCCAGAAUGUAUCUGGGAGCUGGGGAGGUUAGAGUGGAGAGCACUGGACGACACCUUUCUAUCCCCUGAGAGGUCGCGGCCGGACCGACGCCCCCACCCGGUCCCCACGAGAAGAUGCAGACUCGACUUGAUGGCUGGAAGUGAGCUAAACAA